AUGAAGGCUGCCUGUCUCCAGCUGCUGCUGUGGGCCCUGUGCCUGCUGACCCUGGCUGGAGGGCAACCCAAAGCACCUUUGAAGUGUUCAGUGGAGUGCAGAGGUUUUACAAGGCAGUUACCAGAGAAGCAGAUCAGGAGCUACCGCUUGACCGAACCCAGCUGCAAAAAAAAUGCCACCAUAUUUAUUACUCUGAAGUUCAAGGAGAUUUGUGCAGAUUCAAACGAAACCUGGGUGCAGAAGAUCAAAGACAAACUAGACAGGAGUAAGACCACAGUGAUGCCACCACGUGCUGUCACCUCAGCAGAAGAGCCCGGUAGUGUUGAGAGACAUGUUGGUCUUCCAGAAAUGGCUCCAACUGGUUCCUUCCAGGGGACUGGAACAACAGUGAGGGAGAGAAUACAUACUCCUGCAGCCAGGACAGAGGUGUCCAGCAAGUCCCCAGUGGGCAGGCAGGACCCCACCCAGCUCCCUGCAGGAUCCACCCCCGUGGUACAGGAAGAGGCUGUGUGCUCUGAGGUCACUCCAGAAGCAGAGAGUGAGUCCUCAAACUCUCCUGUGUCUUCAGCAGCUGUUGCAGCAGGCGUGGACUCCAGCCAGCCCACCCCCCACCCCACUGUUCAAGAUAAAACUUCUCCUAACUCAAAUUCAGACCUGAUGCCUGUUACUAAAGGAUCAAACCAACAUGUACUUUCUCCAAAUGGAUCCCUGGACCCUACAAGUGCCAGAGCCAACACACCAGACAUCGCUUCCAGCAGUUCUAGAUCAGAUCUCCCCUCCACCUGGGACUGUAUGAAGGCCACAACAGCCACAGAGACAGCACCAGAGCCUACUUCAGUUUCUCCUGUAAGCUUCACCACUGCCAUAGACAAAGCUGCUUCUGCACAUACCAACAGGGUUGUUGGUACUACAACAUUUGAUCAUUCAUUGCCUGUAGGGAAGGAAGAGCCUUCAGACACAGUACUUUUUACUCACCAGUCAUUCUCAGGUCAAGCCAGAGUGCAGAUGAUCACAGUCAGGCCAAAAAAUCUGCCUCUGCCCAGCUUCUUGUCAAAGUCUCAAAUGCACUUUGUCAUCCCAGUUUCUGUGGUAUGUGGACUGAUGGUUAGCAGUGUUGUUCUUGUGUGGGUGUAUCUGAAAUUUGGAGUCAAACCAGAAGAAACGUCAAGAGAAAUGGUACAGGGCUUGCUGUACCAGCAGGCAGGACAUCAGGACAAUGCCUAUCCAAUGGAAGUAAUAUGAAUGCUCCAUGGCAUGGACAUUUCUGGCCUCAGCUAUGUGUGUUGCUGCAGAAAAGCUGUUCAUGCUGAACUGGUGACCAGUAGGAAGCAAGCCUGGGAAUAAAAAUCUCAGAGAAAACCGUUUUUUUUUUUUUUUUUUUUUUUUUUGUAGAGCAGAAUGUCCAACAGUGUAUCUACUUCAUCACUGACCAAUCACAGUGUUUUGGAAAUAAGAGAGACACUUCUUUUCUACUGGCACUGUUAUGUACAAAGGCUGUGGCUGUUCUAUUGCUGUUGGUGGCUCUCUGCCAGGUGAAGUGGUUAUCCAAGUCACUGUUGGGAAUUUUUCUGUGGUUCAUCGUGGCCCAGGCAAGAAGCCACUCACCCUCCCACACUGUUGGACUUGGGCUCAGCCACCUUGAGCAAUCUUAACACCAAACCCACACAGUUUGCACUGAAACUCUCUGCUGCUUCUUUCUUUGCACUUCAGGUCUCUGCUCUGUCAGACCAAGACUGAAGCUGGUGGCCAGCUGGGUGCUGGCUGUCCUUGGGCUGGUUGAAUUUACUCUCAUCAUUUUCUCUUGCUGAAGACAUGAGGAAUAGCCCAGCUUUUCAGGAAUAGUUGACCAACACUGCAUCUGAUCAGGGGACUGAAGGUCAGUGCUGCAGAUCUUUAUAUGCAGAGAAGCUGGCAACCCACAGUCUAUCUCCUCCUUGAAAUCAGGCCCUUCCUUUCAGCAGCUAUGGGUAUUUCUUCUUGCAGAUUAAUUCUGAGAUCUGGG